AUCUUUUCUCUAAAUACUCUCAACAGUUGCUUCUCUGAGCUUUUCCAGCUCUGUUAACCAUGGAUUACCUUAAAACAGUAGUCCCCUCUCAGCUACUCGCUGAGCGCGGCUCCAACCUCGUCAUCAUCAAUCCAGGGUCAGCAAAUUUAAGAAUAGGACUAGCGCAGCAGGAUGCCCCGAUUACUGUUCCGCAUUGCAUUGCUCGACGCACGUCGCAAGUGCCGAAAAGGAAUGUUCAGGAUCAGUUGCUUAAUUCUCAGGUGACGACAGCGCAGCACAUGGAGCGAGAAAGGGCUUAUGACAUUAUUGCUUCGCUGUUGAAAAUUCGAUUUUUGGACGAGGAGGUGACAAACAGUCAAUUUUCACAAAAGAUGGGUCGUGUGGAUGCAAUUCCUCCUCAAAACAAUAAUAAAAAGGAGACGGUUAUUCCAUGGACAGAUGUAUUCGAGAAACAAACAUCAUCUUCGCCUUCAUCUUCAUCUUCAGAACAUGGAAGUUCACAUAGAUCUGAAGAGCCUUCAACCGUGAAGGAAGGAAAUAACAAUGAGGAACCGAGUUCAGUUGAACGUAGAUAUAAGGAGUACAUAUGUGGCGAUGAAGCUCUCAGAAUAUCAGCAACUGAACCAUAUAGCGUGCGCCGGCCUAUUCGGAGAGGUCACCUCAAUAUUUCUUUGUAUUAUCCUAUGCAGCAGGUGAUUGAAGACAUCCAUGCUAUUUGGGAGUGGGUUUUGAUUGAAAAACUACACAUCCCUCGCAGUGAAAGGCAUAUGUAUUCCGCUGUUCUUGUCUUACCAGAGACUUUUGAUAAUCGCGAAAUAAAAGAACUUCUAUCCAUUGUACUUCGAGACUUGUGUUUUAGUACAGCAGUAGUCCACCAGGAAGGUCUUGCUGCAGUUUUUGGAAAUGGCUUGUCAACAGCAUGUGUUGUGAACAUUGGUGCUCAAGUGACAUCAGUUAUUUGCAUUGAGGAUGGAGUUGCUCUACCAACCACUCAGAUUUCUUUGCGAUACGGUGGAGAGGAUGUAUCAAGGUGUCUUCUUUGGACUCAACGACAUCAUCAAACAUGGCCUCCUAUCCGUACUGAUGCUCUGACGAAACCCAUAGACUUGUUAAUGCUGAAUAAGCUUAAAGAGUCUCGCUGCCAGAUUAGAGAAGGAGAAGUUGAAGCUGUUGCUGUAGUUCACUCAUAUGAAGAAGGGGGGCCACCUGGUUCUCACAAGACAAGACUGACUGCUCUGAAUGUUCCUCCUAUGGGUUUGUUCUAUCCUAUGCUUCUGGUUCCUGAUGUUUACCCUCCACCACCUAGGAAUUGGUUCAGUGACAACGAGGAUAUGCUGGAAGAUACUUGGGAGUUCCCCAGGAGACCAGACAUGUCAGAUGGUUACUUCCCUGGUAGUGGUGGAUAUUAUCCUAUGUGGGAAAAUUACCCUGUAUUUCAAUCGAAACCAAAGAAACAGGACACUAUUGGUCUUGCCGAUGCGAUUACGAAAAGUAUUCUUUCUACAGGCCGUAUAGACCUUCAGAGAAAGUUGUUCUGUAGCAUGCAACUGAUAGGUGGAGGGGCUUUGACUGAGGGUUUGGUUUCUGCAGUGGAAGAGAGAGUAUUGCACGCAAUUCCUUCUCACGAGGCCAUAGAUACAGUGGAGGUCUUGCAAUCCAGAACAAGUCCCGCUUCUGUACCAUGGAAAGGUGGAGCUAUACUGGGCAUUCUUGAUUUUACACGCGAUGCAUGGAUAAAUCGUGAGGACUGGAUCAGAAAUGGGAUUUAUCUUGGUAGUGGCAGAAAGUACAGGGACUCGUAUUUUCUUCAAGCACAGACAAUGUGUUACAUAAACUCCUAGGUUGGAGUUCCAUCAUUUUAUUGUCAUGGGAAAGAUAACAGUGCAGAGAAAUCCAAAGAUUGGAAGGAAGAUUUCAAUUAAAUGACAUAUUAUUAGUGUGAUUUUAUGAGUAAAUAUGAAAUAUUUUUUGAUAAAUAGAUGUGACAUGUUACUGAAAAUGAUGUUUGAAUAGAUGUGACAUGUUACUGAAAAAGACUCUCUAAAUGUUAUGACUAUAUGUUCUAUAGA